AUGAAUGAGAGGGGGAGGGGAGAGAGAAGAGGAGAGAGAGGGAGGAGACAGAGAGGAUGGGAGAGAGAGGCAGAGGGAGUGAAGGAGAGGGCGAGACUGGAAGAGAGAGGGAGGGGAGAGAGAGGCAGAGGGAGUGAAGGAGAGGGCGAGAGUGGGGGAGGGGAGAGAGAAGAGGAGAGAGAAGAGGAGAGAGAAAGAGAGAGAGGGAGGGAGAUAGAGAGGAUGGGAGAGAGAGGCAGAGGGAGUGAAGGAGAGGGCGAGAGUGGGAGAGGGGAGAGAGAAGAGGAGAGAGAGAGGGAGGGAGAUAGAGAGGAUGGGAGAGAGAGGCAGAGGGAGUGA